AUACCCUCCGCUUCUGUUUACGUGUGCAACCUCCACUUUACGCGCGAAUCUUUCUCCAACUACGCAGAGGUGGAAAUGGGAUUCAAAAAGCAGCUCCUGCUCAACCCCGACGCCGUCCCCACCCCCGCCACAGGGGGGACACAGGUGAGUGAGGACCCCCGGGGGACGUGUGGCACACCUGGGUUUAUAAGCCACUUCCCUAAAAAAAAAAGAGGGGGCGCGUUUAUCCCUGGCCCUGCCUCUGUCUCUGUGAGGUGUCCACUCCCAUGAUGCAUAGCGACCGAAGUCACUUCUGACAGGCUGCACAGGUGGAUCACCUGUCCGACUGGUACCAGUGUCCACAGAGCUCCUUAUGAAGGACAGUGUUAAAACCUUACAGUAGCUCCAGAUACAACACAACAGAUAAGAUAAAUGCACAUUAAAUAAAAAAAAUAUAAUAGAAAAAUACAAGAUAUAAUAGAAAUAUAAUAAAAGAAUAAGAGUUGUAUGUGCACUAUAUAUAUGUUUCUUCAGAUGUGAUCAAUAUAUAAUAUUACAGCAGGAGGUAGUGGCAUGGUAUAAAAAUAAAUAAUUGCACAGGACAAAAAAAAUAAUAUAUAUAUAGCAGUAUAGAUAAGUGUAAAAAAUAGGCUAUAGACAGGGCUAUGAAUAUACAGUACAGGUCUAACACUGUAAUGUGCAUGUAGGAAAUUGUAUAAUGUGAAACAGUCAGAUAGAUAGAUGAUUAGAUAGAAAGAAGAACUGCUGCUUUGUGUGAUGUCCACAACACUUGCAAUGAAAUGACUCCUCCUAGGAUACACCUGUGUUUCCUCCAGGAGCCUCCUCUGUCCUCCAUGCAGGGUCUCCUCUCCUGUACUGUAGUGUCAGUAAGUUCUCUACAAUGUCAGUGACACGGUUCAUUGUGAAAUAUGAAGAGAAUAAAAGUUUGGCCUUCUCAGGGUGCAUUACAGGUAUUGAAAGAACCUCCAUGGAUGGAGGGAGGGAAUGAUUUCCGGGUCGGAUCAUUUAACUAACCACCUCCUCCUCCACCUCCUCUUUUUCUUCGCUGGCACUAAACUCACUUUCCAAGAUGGAAAAAAAACAGUCCUGGCGCAGCUGUUCGGUGGUCGGCUGCAGAAGAGAGAACAGAUCUGCAUAUUUCAGCCUCCCUACAUCUGAGGACUUAAAGACUCAGUGGUUAAAGUUUAUUUUUAACGACAACGUUCCCAUGACAACCAGCAGCUGUUUGUAUGUGUGCCCCAGCCACUUCGAGGCAGACUGCUUCACUAAUGCGUGUCAAGUCAAAUUGGGAUAUGCUUCAAAAUUAAGGCUCAAGGAAGGAUCGAUCCCGACUGUGCGAGACCCGAGUGUAAAAGCAGAAGCUGGCACCGCUGGCAGUGCUUGUCGAAUUCUUUCAGUAAGACACGUGGCCUCCCAGACUGACCCCCCAGAAAGAAGAUCUGUCAGCACACAGCUGUCCACAGAUAACAAAUCUGUUGGCACACAGCUAUCCACGAAAACUUUGCAGAACCACUUCCGAAGUACAGCUACACAGGUGAGAGUGCCCAGCAGAGACUGUGGCGUGUGCACUCUCACCUUCCCCUUGGACAGCCCGUUACUGUUCCUACAACCAACAAUAGUAAAGAGACCAUCCAAGAGACCUCGACUCAGACUUACAGACGAGGAGGAAGGCCCUUCAGAGUGCAGCUUGUCUAUGGUGGUUCGUGAACCAGAGGAUUCAACAUGACUUUGUUGACUCGCUGUCGUGGGUUAGCAGCUGUGUAUUUUCUGUUUACCUUUUCAGGAAUCUCUUCAUGGAGAAGAGUUGGUGAAUGGCAGACUAGUGAAUGGAACAAAUAAGAAUGCUGAAGACUGAUUAUUACCAUUACCAUACCAGGAAGUAGGCUGAUGGUGUAAGUGUGCCAUCGGGCGACUAUUUCAGUCUGCAUUCUCCUCCACUUCCGCUAAUCUUUGCUACACUAUUUUCCAAGGACACUGUCGCAGCAUGCUGGGCUUAGCGUUGUCCAAGACGAUUGUGAUUGGUUUAAAGAAGUGUUUUCCACCACGUACCACCUCGAAAAAAAUAUGAGGCUCUCUGAGGUCUACCGCUAUGACCAACGUUAACGUCACUCAACUUUCAACGAGUGUCUUUGGGCAACUAAUUGUGCUGUUCGGUUAAUGCUUUAAAGAGGGGCACAUGUUUAUGGUUCGUCUGGCUGAAGGUCCAAAUGUUUUAUGUGUUCUUUCUGUUUUCAGUUCCUCCUCUACAAGGUAUACCACAAUGUCUUUAUGGUAAUGUGAUUUCACACACACUACUAAAACUAGACAGAGCGGGGCCAUAUGUCUGGACCAUUUCAAAUCUCCCAAUACCACAAAGAUAGAAACCGACAAAUACAUAUUUUCAUAAUCAAAACUCCCUUAAAACUGAGGCAAACAGCUAUGGCUUGGUACAUGUACCACAGUGGAGUAAAUAUAUUUUUUUAAUUUAGGUUCAGUUUCAGCACUGAAGUGUUUAAAUUGGUUCAUUUGCUGUAUUUUAUGUCAUAAAUGUAUAAGAAAUGGUAACUAACCACACAGAUUUUAAUGUAGCUUUUGUGUGGAGCUACUGGUAAUAUGUCCGAAUGUUUACUACAAGAAAACUGUAAUUUUACUGUUGAUUAGUAAACUGUCAGCAGCCUUUGUAAAGCUAGAUCCUGUAAUGGUUUUCAUCAUAUAUACAGAGGUGUGGUUUUCUUUUUUAUAGGAAAAAACGGGUUCAGUAGACGUGUUGUAAUAAAACAAAGUUCUGUUAUACUGAUUAUGCGCUGUUAUUUCUAUUCUUAUCGUGUUUGUAUGUUUAGUGUUUUUGGACAUAAAUUGUGUAUUCACGGUCCAAGGAGAGAAUCUCGAGGCUUUUUUUUUUAAGGCAGUUUUAAUUCAAUUAAUUAAAAAAAGCCAGCCCAGCAGAUUUUUUUUUUUAAAUGAAAAAUGAUCUCAUAAUUAUGAGUUAAGAAGUUGUUAUUUCCAGAAUUGUUGUUUUACGUGAAUGCAAUAAGAUUUAUAAGAAACACAGUCACUGAAAUCACAGACUAAGUCAGGUGUCAGGCUCACAUAAAAGGUCAUAUACAAAAAAUGGCUGGCAAGAAUAUUGGGAUGAUAGUAAAACAGGAAGAAAUCUAAAAAAAUGUUUUUACUGGAACAAUACAGAUCAGGAACUGGGAGGAAAACAUCCUGACUAGUUUGAGUCAAGGACAGACAAGCCUCAAUAAAUCACUUCAUAAAACAGGUGAACAAUCAACUCAAGUAUGUACACUAUAAUCAGCCAAGAUUCACCAAGGAUGUGCUGCUGAACCAUCACUCAAGGAACCGAAACAUUGAAAACUGUUGGGAAAAAUAUAUAGUCGUUCCAUGGACAUUUUAUGUUUUAAAAUGUUACCUGUUACCUAAACUUCCUGUUUCAUCAGCAAUUCUUGCCUGAAAGUUAAGCUUCGUCCACACCGAUAUGACUUAUCAGCAAUACAUGUUAACCUUAUUGGUUCCACAGAGAUACCAUCAAGAUUUUGUCUAUUUCUUUAUUGACAUGACCUUAAACUGUCCCCUGAGCUUUUUAUAACUGCACAACUUCCCUAUUCCCUUCAAAUAAUAAAGAUAUUCAACCAAAGCCAUCCCAUCUGGACUAAUCCAACUUUAUAUUUUGGAGGAAGUGGCCUCGUAAAUGCACCAUCUUCAUGACUUUGGCAUAAACAGAUAAUAAGAAACGUAAUAAUGAAUAUAUUUGUCAUUCUUGUCUAAGUAAAAACAAAAUGGCUAAUAGGUAAAUUCUAUUAGAGCUCACAAUUGGAAAAAUAAUUUGGAAAAUAUCCUUGCUAAAAGUUUAAUCUUUCCUGAUAACACCGUUUGUUUUUGCUGAUGAAACUACACGUUUAUUUUGUCAGU